AUGAACCAUGCCUCCACCACAGUGUUCCUGUGGGUAUUGGGGAGUCUCCAGGCCUUUGAGCUCGUGGGGAAGGAAAACAUUUUUCAGAACACCCCUUGCCCAGCCUUCCUGAUGUUUGACAAUGCCGCCUACCUGGCCGACAUGAGCUUUGAGCUUCCCUGCCAUUGCAAGCCCGAGGAGGUAAAAGCCGUGGUCUGGUAUUAUCAAGAGCACCUUGGGAAUCGCCAAACCAGGGUGCUGUCGGACUUUGGCGGGCGUGUGCUGACCGAGGCGGCCCAUGUGCGUGCUGGCAGUGACAUGCUGGUGCGUUUUAGCAUCCGAAUGUUCAGCCUUCUGGUUUUCAGGGCCCAGCCGGAGGAUUCGGGCCUGUAUUUCUGCGGCACCCGCAAGGGGGACUACUUCUACGCCUAUGAUGUGGACAUCCAGAGCAGCCAGGGGAUGGUGGCCACCUUCCAGGACCAUGGCCAGCUGCCCUCUGCAGACCUCCACUACGGGACCCUCCACAUCUUUACCACCUUCUGGGAGUGGACGCCAUGUGACCGCUGUGGGGUACGUGGGGAGCAGUGGCGCAUUGGCCUCUGCUAUCUUCAGAGCCCAGGCCUCUCUCCCCGCUACCAGCAGACGCUGCCCGGCACAGUGUCCUGCGGUUCCCAGGCUGUUCCCAGGCAGCUGCGGGUCAAGGCCCAGGCCCGCAAGCCCGAACUACUGGUGCGGAGCUGCAUAAUGCCCUGCGAGAAGAGAAGCGUCCGGAAGGGCCUGAUGGCCAUUGUCAGUUACGUGGCCAGAGCGGGCAGUCGGCCCUGGCUGCCCACGGUGCCCAUUCAGUUUCACCAGCAGAGGCUGGGCCAUGGACUCAUCAUCUCCUGUCCUGGGGCACGGCCGGAGCACGCGGUGGCCUGGGACAAGGACCACCAGUAUCUCUACCGCACACAGUACCUGACGGGUGUCAACAGGACCAUGCGGGUAUUCAUUGACCACGGCAACCAUCUGCACAUCCGCUUCACCCAGCUGUCCGACCGGGGUAUCUACUACUGCUGGCGGCAGGGGGUCCGCGUGGCUGGGUUCCGACUAGGGGUGAUCACUGGGGGGCGCCAGCCAUUCUCUUUCUCAGAUCCUGAGACACGCUCGGCCAUAACACUGGCCCUUUUGGGCCACCUGCUCCUCACUAUUAUCUUUGUCACCAUCCACCUCUGUCGCUGCUGCUGUUACCUGCUCCGCUGCUGUCCCGACCACUCCCCCUAG